CGGUACCAUUCGUCAGACGUGUUCUCGCGCCUUUUUGAAUAGUUAGAAAAUAAUAAAUAUUUCCGAAAAUGCAGUCCUCGCCGCCGCCGGACCACCUGCAAUCCUUCAACAAAAAGUGGGCCUCCGUGCUGCACAAAAUCUACCCGGAGUUUACGGCGCACCACGUGGCCGCCCACGUCCAGCUGGAGCCGACGCCGGCAACGGCCGCCGACCUCAGCGUGGUGAUCCUGCAGAUGUACGCCGCCAUGGUGGAGCACUUUUGCCGCUCGGGUGGAAGCGGCGCCAAGGACAGCUCACGGGCGGACCACAUCUGCGAGCAGGGCAGCCGCAUGUUGGACGAGGCCAGCGGGGGGUCAGAGCUGGUGAACGUGGCGGAAGUUUUCAACCGGUCGCUGGCGUACGCCGAGAUCGGCGGUAGGGCCAUGUUCAGGGGGUACGAGCUGCGCUCGGUGCUCUGCUACAACUUGGAGCAGUUCGGAUUGUGUCUGAGAAACAUUGAGAACGCCUUGCAGGACGGUGAGGGCGGGAACUUGAACAAGAUUUUGAUGUUGAAGAACUUUUGUCUGGGGCACGGCGAGGGACAGCAGCAAGCUGAUGGGGGAAGAGAGGUUGAGGCCACGCUGAGUCAUGCGGCGAACCCGAUCAUUCCGAACGUUGUAGCGGGGAUUGAACUUGAGGUUAGCGAUGUCUACGGAAGGCACCUCGUGGCUAGGCAGUACUUUGACUUUGGGGACACUUUACUGAUCGACGAUCCGUACGUUGUGGUGGCCGAUCUUGGCCAACAGUACCGCCAAUGCCACCACUGUCUCAAAUUUUGUACGCUGAAACUAGUUCCGUGUCCUGACUGUGUUGAAGUCAUGUUCUGUUCGCCGGAAUGUGCCAAACUCGCCCAACAGAGAUACCAUCGCUUCGAGUGUCCCAUCCUGCGAGGCCUCUACACCCUGGAUAAGAUUGGCCGCAUGGCCAUCCUCGUGGCGAGAAUCGUUUUCACCGCAGUCACUGGGUUCAACGACGACCUGGACGCCCUUCGCGAACACAUCAACCGCAUCGACAAAGGUGUUCAUCCGUUCAUGCUCAACUGGACAACAAUCACCCCUGCGCAACGUUACGCCGCGGUCUACGGACUGGCCUCGAACAAAGGAAUUCGAGACUCGGAAACCAACAACAGCUUCGCGAUCGUGGCCAUUUUCGCGUCCGAAUUCAUGCUGUUCAAAUCACCCGCCAUGGCGUCCCUUGCCAACAACCGGCCCAGGCAGGACCUGAUCCGGGAGCUGGUAUACCACCAUGCGCUCACAGUUGGAACUAGCAUGCGGAUCUCGAACCGGGACCGCAGUCUCGGGGCGUACCCGCUGGCCGGUAUGAUCAACCAUGGCUGCUGCGCCAAUGUGAUGCGGGUGGGACUGCCCGGGGGCAGAGUUGCCAUCGUAGCGACGCGGCAGAUUGCGCCCGGCGAGCAGAUUUUCGAGGAUUACACCACCAACCUCACCGACGCCGCCACGCAGUCGGAACGGCACCACUACCUCCGCUGGGCGUACCAAAUUGACUGUCAAUGUCCGGGCAGUUUCCGCCCCGUGGACGAGCUUACGCAGGCGUGGGAGGAUGGCAUCGCUCGUGCACUGGCCGAGCUUACCGAGGGCGAGCUGAAGCAGUGCGACCGGGACGAUUUGGCCGUACUGAUGGAGCGAUUCCCCACCUGGAUGGGGUUGUUGGAGCCGCGGUUCGCCGAAGGGGCGAAAGUUCGCGACCGGUUUGUCCAGAUGGCGCGCCAGCUGUACGAGCUGGCGUUCAAUGGGCGGCCGGAAGAGGAGCGGUACGGCAGGGCGGGAACGAUUUGACGAGGGUGUCAAGGUGAAGUUUUCUGUUAAAAAGUUUUAUUUUUUAUUCUGAAAUCUGAAUAAAGUAUUUCUUCUUCUGAGUGUGUCACCCUG